GUUGAGCAACGCAUAUUUCCGACGCACCAAAGAGAUUUGAACGAGAGAAAUCCCAUCUACUAGCAUUGUGUCAACAGUAUAGUUACGAGGGCGACGAUCAUGGUGUUACACUUUCAAAGACUUGGCGCCAUAUCUAGGUACUAUUUGGGACGAUCAGGCUUAAAAGGGCAGUGUCACAAGUGUUAGCAGUGGAAGCUUCGAGGCGCCCGUCAACAAAAUGGAUCCUCUUCCCACGGUGUUGUUUGAUUCGUGGCCCUGAGAGCGUGACGUCAUGUAUGUUGAAUUUAUGAAGUGAGUUGUUGUUACGCCACAGAACAGUCUAGGUGGUGUUGUUAGCCAGAAAAAGGAGGCAUCUAUUACUCUGUCGCCCCCGGACACUGAAGUGGAGAGCUACCUGUCCACUUCACACAUCGUGUCAUGUAAAAGUCCACGAGGAGUUCACAUGAAAUGGACUCGAAAUGGCACAGAAGAAAUCACAGCAAACAAGGGCAGAAUCCAUAUAGAGGAGUCUCGAGCAGGCCCUGGCUUGGCACUCGUCUUUGAGUCUAUAGAGACAAAAGACAAGGGGAACUACACUUGUAAAGCAAUGGUGGAUGGCAAGGAAGUUCAGGCUAGCUUCGUGCUCAUAGUCAUAAAGCCCAUCAAAUUUGCGGACACUGCAACAGUGCAGACUGUUAGCGAAUACCAGAACGUGGUUGUGCCGUGUGAGGUGGAUGGUGAUCCAGAACCCGAAAUAAAUUGGACUGUUAAUGGGAAGUUGCCUCAAGGGCCCAAAUACAAAGUGGUCGCAGAUGGCCUGUGCAUUGAAAAUGUAACAUUAGAAGAUAAAGGUGAAUACAAAUGUCGUGCAUACCAACUGUCUAGUGUCAAAAGCAACGUGCUGGUUCGUACGAUCAUUCUCAACAUCGAACACAAGCCAGUUUGGCGUGGUGAGGAGGGAUAUGAGAAGUCUUACGCAUUCAUUUCUGGUACUGCCAACCUAACAUGUGAAGUUACUGCAGAACCGAAACCUAAAUUUGAAUGGCUGAAGGGAAGUAAAACACUGAAAUCACAGGAAAAUGCCACCAUCUUUCAGGAGGAAUUUCGCACUAUAUUGCAGGUACAAGUCAGCAGUAAGAAUGCCUUUGGAGACUACAUAUGCAAAGCAUCUAACAGCCUGGGUAAGAUGGAGCAAGUGAUUACACUUAUUGAAGUCUCAAAGCCAGCAGUACCAAAGAUGUCUGUCCGUGGAGCAAGACAUGACUCUGUCCAGAUUGACAUUGAAGGUCCAGAGAAUGAGGAGCUCGGUACCCUUGGGUACCGUGUCCAGUACCUCAAGAGACAGGAAAUGCACAAAGGGUGGGAUUCAGCACAGGAGGUGAAAUUUAAUAAGGCUGAAUCACCAUACAUCCUCUCUGGCCUCAGCCAAAACACACAAUAUGUUGUGCGUGUUGCAACUUGGAAUGCGGCAGGAUUCAGCGACUACACGCAGGAGAGGUCAUUUUCCACUGAGAAGAUCCAUGCUGACCCUGUCACUGGUUCUACCAACUCCGCAAUAUCUGUCUCCUUGAAAGCAUCUCAGCUCAUAACAAUCAUUGCUGUCCACAAUAUCAUCUCUGUCACCUCAGAGUUGAAACACAAUUUGUGAAGUUAAACAUUUAUGAUAGGUUAAUUUAAACUUUACUUCACACAAUGAAAUAAUGAAGAAUUUGUGUGAAGACUGGAACUGCUAGAGGUACAGGCAUGAAAGAGGAACAAUGGAGUGUUCUCUAUUUUCUGAAUUAACUUUAAUCAGUUGGUAUUAAAUGUUAUUGUGAUUGGUUAAUGCUGUGCUUGUAUUGAAACAUUGUCUCAGCAACAGCAAAUAAUCGCAUAUAACGCGUAGCACUCCACAAGAAUUGGCAUUUGUAGCCUUGUUUCCUGAGUUUCCAUAGUCCUAGGACUUCACAGUGGCCGAUUGCACUCUCAGUUUCUCGUUGUAUUGAAGUGAAAGCAACUACUAAUAUAUUAUUUGAUUUUAUUGAAACAAUCAAGUUAGAAUUUGGAUCUCAUCUUAGAAGAGUUACUGCAACAGUUGUAAGUUCAAAGAAAGAGGUUUGCUGAAUUUCUGUGAUCGUGGCUCAGGAUAGUUUCCGAUGGCAGGCCUUUUCGAACACAGUCAUAAACCUGUGCGAGGCACUUCUUGACUGACUGAGCACGACUUUUCAAGAAAAUCCUUGCUUCAUGAUGUUAGUAGUGCCAUAACAAAUUUCCAAGCUAGAAUUUACUAAUUAUUCUCAUCUUCCCAUAAGUAAGGUUAUGUAGUUGUUUUGAUUAUAGCUGCACAAAGUGAGAAGUGGCAUCUUGAACACGGUAUUAACGCUGUCCUACAUAUAAUUUUAAAAGUUGUAGAUGUAUUGUUUCUUCCGAUAAUGAUUUCAGUAGACUAAAUUUUGACUCGUUAGUAAUAAGAUACGUUUUAGCAAAACAUUCAACACAAAAGCGUUAUUCCAGAUUCAGAAAUCAAGGCUCCUGUCACAUUCUGAAGUCUCGGUGUAAGCAAAAGAAGGCUUGGAUUGAAAAGUCUCUACUGAGUGGUUGAGAAGGAUGCAUUAGUAUAGUAAUUAAUUUUAUUUUUACCAGAGUGGCAUGUAUGCUUAUUAUAUCAGCUCAGAAAGAAUGUGAAUUGCUGUACCAGCUAUGAGGGGAGAGACUGUACUAAAUAAUAAUAAUAAUAAUUAAAUUUGCCAUGUUCCAGAUGGCCCAGAAGUCAUGGUUUAUUUUCAAAUAUACCACUGUGCACAGUGCCAAAUGUUCACAGGGUGUUUUUUUUUAAGGGAUGUGUGAUCCACUGCAAUAUUGAAAAAUAUGGGUUUUUAUUUUCAGUGAAAUAUUCCAGUGAAUAUUUUACUAUUUAAAAUGUGAACGCAUAGUUGUUUGUAACUACUGCCUGUUUUGUUCAGUCUCUUCUUAAAACAUGUAAACAUUCAUGUGUGAAUAGCUGAUUGAAAUUAAUUUGUGAUCAUGUAUAUUGCCGGCUCGUAUACAGUUUGUGUACAUGUAUGUGUGUGUGUGUGUGUGUGUGCGCAUAUCUGUAUAAACAGAGUAAAUUUGAUAAAUGAACUAAGAAUAUUAGGAUGAAUUAAACCGAUAUUACUUUAUUUAAACUUCAUGAAUCAAGUUGAAAAUGAAACAGUGUUAUCGUAAUACAUAUUAGUACGAGAUGCUGAUAAGAACGGUGAACACAUUCAUGUUUCUGAUGUGUAAAACUACAACAUUAAAACAACAGCCACAUUUUUUUUUAUUAUUCUGAUGUAAUUAAUAUUAUGCCAUUGUCAAACUGUAUAUAGGCUUAUGUUAUAUAAAUGUAAUAUUUCUUAUAUAUGCCAAAGAUUAUAAAUUGUAAAUCCUGUAGAGUACCAUAAAUUGAUUGAAUUAAAGUAUCAUAAAGGUUUUUCUGCAAACAUAAAUUGCAAGCUGCUGACUUCAUAAUUUCAUUAUGCAGAAUUUUUUUGAAACUGGAGAUAAAGACUGGGGGUCUCAAACAUGUGAUUUCCUAUGAGCCGCCUCCAUUAAGAGUGAACAGGAGAGCAAUUUCUGUCGCAUAGAAGAACCUAUUUCUUUAGUUAUAACACAUUUGGUGGAAUGUAUUUUUUCUGGUAUCCCUACUUCCAUAUUAAAUUACAUUCAACUGCAGCAAACGUCUUAUCUCACAGAUAAAUGGUCUGUUUUUGUGUCAUAUUAUUGGGGGUUUGUUGUAUGUGCCAGAAUAAAAAAAAUGCAGUUAUCCUAAAUUUUAUCUGCACUAAUAAUGUCAUAAGUUACACUUUUGUUGCGAAUCAAACCUGUCCCUUGUCAUUCACUUACAUCAGUGAAGCAAAGCCUCUUGAACAGCAGCAGAGGUAUAAAUUUAUAGCUGUCUCAGAACACUAGAAUAUGAGAUAAUUAUCUUAAAAGCUUCUCCGAUAACUUUAAGUUUUAGACCCCUAAUAUUUAGGAAAAGGUUGAAUUACAAAGAAGUGUUACCAGGAAGAAUUUUGUCUAUGAUGGUUUAACAUAAUUUACGAAAUCACGAUCAUAAGUGUGCACUAAACUCCAAUAUUUGUACUGGGUGAUUAUGUAUGUGAACUGGAUGCUGCAUGACAUAAAUUUAUCUUGAUCUUGAACACUCUAUGAUAGGUGGCAUAAUUCUUGCAGCAAAUGCUAUCUCUUUUGUUAUUAUUAACUGUUCAUUGCAAUACAUAACCUAAAAUAUUUUUAUUACAACUGAUUACUGUCAACACUUACUCGCAAAUUUAUUUGUUGUUAAGCUUUCUAAGUCAGGGUAUGACAAUUUGUCUUGUGAACUAGGAGCAAACCCAAAAAAUUUAGGAACCAGAUGAUUAUUCACCAUCAUGAUUUUAUAUUUUAAUGACAAGCAAAAGGAUUUCAGCGUGCCACUAAUGCAUGGGAUGUAUUGCCUUUUCAGGUGAACAAGAUUGUAUGAAGCACCUAUUAAAUUCACUUCAUCAAUCUGUCUGCUCAUGCACAUGAAAAUGAAUAAUCUGAUAUUAAUAAAAUUUAGUACUGGAGAAUUUUAUGAACUUGUUUUGCGCCAAUUUAGUAUUCAUUUAGGUUAGGAAAUUUUAACUACUUUUCUAAUCAUGUUCUAUUACACAGAGAUUCUUUCUCUUUGUUUUUUUCUUUCUUACCCCUCAGUUUUGAAAUAAAAAGAGAGAGAGAAUAAAAUAAAUUUAAAGAUGUCUCAGAUUCAAUCAUAUUAGCUGCGUCAGUAACUCCGUACCCAUUCUUGGUUACAUUCACGUUUGAUACAUUCUGUAAUUGUAACAGUCUCUCUUAAUUUCGUUCUCGUUAUCAUUGCUGAUGUGUACUCUGUUUAUGUCAUCUGUCUUUUACAGUAUUGACAACGUGCACUCACUCAUAUCAUAACCUCAUAUAGCGUAAUUACUGUAUGUUACGUCAUUGACGGUCAUGUACAAGCAGAUUUAGGUACCUUAUUACCAAUAUUGUUGGAACAGCCAGUUACUGUCACUUGUUGAUACUUCGAAUUACAGAAACUUCACAAAGCAUGCUAACGUUUUACCGUGUACAGGAAAAAGAAAUAUAUUCGAUGAUAGUACUGUAAUUUUGUUAUAGGUGUUCUAGCAGCUCAUUGUCAUAGUGGUAUAAAUUUAAUUGUGAAUUUUUCAUCUCCCCCACUCAAACCGUUGGAGUAAGUAAUUUGUAUUUUGAAGGAGUACAUAAAAAUUAAAUUUGUUCUUCCUUCCUCCAAUGACUCAACACUGCUGUACAGCUACUGUAAUACUACAUGUGUAAAGAAAAUCCUGUUUCUCAUAAUCCUCUAGUUUCAUAGGAAGGAAACAUCAGACUUUAAAGCUUCUUCAGGGGCAUUGGUACAAUGCUCAAGUCCAGUAUUUCUGGUAUGGUUUCAUCUGAAUAUGAACAUUUCUUGAUGAUUUGGAAAUGAAGAAUAAAUAUCGUCACUGAUGGUAAAUUCAUGUCAAAGCAAAAAUUUCAGUCUUCAAAUUCUAAGCUGCAAUACUGCAAAACCCGUGCUGUGAUUAAAUUCAAUUGCCAAUAUUUUAGUCAGUUUCACUGCACUUGUAUUUUCUGAUUACUCAUUUGUAUUUUCCUGUUUGAUUUCAUAUAACAGUGAAAAUUUCUUCUUUGUGAUAGAACUUGAAAGAAAUUUGUCAGAUGUCUACCAUCUAUUUAUCAUCAUACGUAUGAUUGCAGAUGACCAUAAACAAAGCUUUUGGUGUUGAAAUUGCUACCUGCGACGAGCAGUUAUGUGAUGGAAUAAUAUUUGAGCUGGGGUUUCAUAAGAGCAAAACAGACAUGAACUAAACAUAAUUGCUCUAAAAAAUAUGGGGUACUAUGACAUUUCUAGGCACCUGGGAUUUAUUUAGCCAUCUUCUAAGCUGCCCUACAUAAUAGUGUUUUAAAGCUCAAUAUGUACAUUGUAAAUUUCAUAUUGUACAAUGUCCUUCAUUACAUAAUGUGUAAAAUCUGUCACAUAAUAUAUGAACAUGUUGAAGACUAUAAUUUCAUAAUGAUCAUGAUCUUCGUAAGUCUAAGUCAUUAAAUCCAGCUCUUAUUUUACAAUAUUUUAAAAUAAUAAAUUACGUGUAAUGUACAAGCAGUUUGAAAACUUUUAGAUAUAAUGACUUUAUAUGUAAUUUAUUAUGUUAAAUUAUUGUAUAAAAAUGAGUAAAUGAUUUUAAAAAUUAUAUAUAAAAAAAGACAAUUUAGAUAAUAAUAUUUGUUUAUUACAGCCUUUCUUGCCAAACACAUUCAUAGGGAAAAUAUUAAUGACGGCUUGCAAGAUGAAACACAUAUGCUAGCAACAAACAAAUUAGUGAAUAAGUUUUAUUGAUAAUGAAUUUUAAUAAGAGAAAUGUAUAUUUAAAGAACACUGUGAAAAUGCAUUUGAUUAAAUAUAUAAAUAAGAGUUAAUAUAUAUAUAUAUAGUUAUAAACUGCUAUGCAUAGAGAAUUUAUUAGUAAUAUUAAUUAAUCAUAAAAAAGUUUAUAUAUUUUUUUGUAAAUUCCCCAAUUGUAGCUUUCAAAAGCAACCCUAGGCUGUGUGCAUCCCAUAAGUUUCAUUCUAGUAAUGUUAUAACCUCUGCUGUAGGCCUCUUUUCUUCUUAAGAACCAUAUUCAUGCAACAAACUUGUCUGUGUACCAGAGACCCUUAAUUUUGUUUCUCAAUGUUAAAAUCAAAGUCCUAAUAUGAGCACACACAUGAAUGAUGUUAAUAAAAUGUAUUAAGACUUGCA